UGCCAGCGUAUAUAAGCUUGGGCUGAGCGUCGAAGGGAACAGCACGAGCCAGCCUCCCUCACACGGCACAGCAAGCUAUACUGACGCAGACUCUCCUGCAGCCCCUCACCAUGUCUCAGACUGCCAAGUCCGCCUCCAGCCAGGGCACCGACGCCAAGGACAAGGGCGCCCCCGCUCCCGCUGCCACCAGCAAGGCCACCAAGACCGGCGAGCCCGGCAUGGGAUCCUACAGAAUCAUGCUGUUCGACCAGGAGAACUUCCAGGGCAGAAUGAUGGAGGUCCAGAACGAGUGUAUGAACGUGUGUGACCGCGGCAUGGAUAGAGUGCGUAGUAUCAUUGUGGAGUGCGGCCCCUUUGUUGCUUUCGAGCAGACUAACUUCCGUGGGGAGAUGUUCAUCCUGGAGAAGGGAGAGUAUCCUCGCUGGGACACCUGGAGCAACUCCUACCGCAGCGACUGCCUCAUGUCCCUCAGGCCCAUCCGCAUGGACAGCAUGGAGCACAAAAUCUGCCUGUAUGAGCUCUCUGACUUCAAGGGCAACAAGAUGGAGAUCCAGGAGGACGAUGUGCCCACCCUCUGGGCGCACGGCUUCUGCGACAGAGUGGGCAGCGUGAGGGUGCCAGGAGGAUCAUGGGUGGGCUACCAGUACCCUGGAUACAGGGGUUACCAGUACCUGUUUGAGUGCGGUGACUACAGACACUACAACGACUUCUGCGCCUUCCAGCCUCAGAUCCAGUCCAUGCGUCGUAUCAGGGACAUGCAGUUCCACCAGAGGGGAUGCUUCACCUUCACCUCCGCCAGCAAGUGAAUGACACCUGCUGGACGUUCGGCGCAGUUGUAGCCACGGAUCCCGCUCAGCUUUUUAUUUCGCCCCCUGUCUCCAGUCUUUUCCUAAGUCUCCACCAUCGCUGCUCAACGCCAAAGGAAAGACGGAAUGAGAGCAAAUACACUGGACAACAUUAACUGACUUUUUAUGGUGCUAAAAAAUAAACAUGUAAAACACUUGAAAA